AUGAAUCCUGUUCGAUGGGGGUUCGAAGGGGACACUGAGCUCACUUCGUUUGGCAAACGGCAGUCUCUUGGAUUGGGUCGAGAGAUGAGACGUUUCGUCGGCGAUUUGGUGAACGAGAACUACCUUCCUAACCAGGCCAAAUACUACUCGAGUUCAGCUAACAGGUGUCAGAUGACAUUACAGGUAGCCUUAGCCGGUUUCUAUACUCCCACAGCUUGGGCAGAUUGGAAUAAGUCGCAGUUUGACUUCUGGAGUCCCGUACCGUACACGAUCGAUGAUCCGAUGUUGAGAAUGUAUUCCGUGAAGGAUUGCCCGGUGUCAGAUCAAGCAUGGAAACCAAUAUCUGAUGACACUCUGCCAGAUUUGAAACCACCCCCCCUUCACCACGCAACAACAAGUCGUAGCCUCUUGCGAAGCGCGUCUGGCUGGAAGGCAAAAAAAAUUAUUAGGGGCUUGUUGAACUACAUCGCAAAAAACACCGGUUGGUCGCCCACCAUCAGUAGUGCUGCAGAUCUGGCUGAUAAUAUCAUCGAGAUGGACCUGUACAAAUCUCCAUACCCUUCCUGGAUAUCCAAACCCACUCUGCGUGGUUACAAUGCCGCUUCUUUCAAGAAAGCUGUGUUAUCAUUCUCGUCGGGCAUUCUAUACGAUAACUCCAACCCAGAGAAAAUCCAUCAGAUCCGCUGCGCAGAAUAUGCUCCUUGCAGAAACAUUAUGGGAGGCGUGUGGCUGAAAAAUCUGCUGGACUCUAUCAGGAGCGCGAUCAAAGGUGAAGGCCCAAGCGUCAUCGGAUAUGCUUCGGUAAGUUCAUAG